AAACAUUUUAAUCGCUGUUUAUAUUUCAGUUAGAUCUGUUAUUCAUAUUUCUUAUAAAUUUAUUUAUAAUUCAAAUAAUAAUUUUAAAUGUUAUUAUAAAGUAUAAAAUCGCACGAAAUCAAUAAUAAUUAGAUUUAAUACUUUUUUCGCACGACAUGGGUACUUCGAUUCAGUUGCUACAAUUUUCACCCAACAACAAAAAGCACAUGCCAAUUAGAUUUCAAUAUUGUAAAUUGUCAAAUUCGCAGUCACUGAACAUACAUAAACCGUUCUCCGAGUUGUAGUCGAAUUCAUUUCACCAAAAUCUAAAAACACCAAAAAGAGAAAUUCUUGUUGCCAUUAUAAAAUAGUUUCAUCAAUUAAUCGGGUAAUAAAAGAUUUAUUUUUAUUGACUAUUUAAUUGUGUAUUGAGUGGUAAAUAAAUUCAAGUUGGGGCAGUGAUAUACUCCGUGAGUUGCAAAAAUAGCAAUGAAACCGCAUCUAGAAUAAUGAAAGAACCGCAUGUGAAUUUACAGCAUCGGCGACAAUGUCGAGGCAUUGGACGCUUGAAGAUAUAGCAAGACGGUGGCGGUUGCUUCAACGUUGUUGCUCUGUAGUUUCUCCGUAAAACGUUGUGUUGCGCUCUUUAAUUCGCAGUCGGCCUACUCAGCGCUUUGUUUACGGCGCUUGUUUGACAUUUACUACAACCACCAGCUGUGAAAAAUCCCAAGCAAUAGCCCAAAGUGAAGCGUAAAGAUUUGAUCUAAUUUAACUAAAAGUGAAGGAGUCGGCCAAUUUUAUAUUGUAAAAAAAAACACUUCCAAGGAUACACACACAUACAUACAUAUAGUGAUUAAUGGAAAAACAACUACCGGCCUGCAAAUAAGAUUUAUAGACGCAUUCUUUGGUUCAUAUUUACAUCAAAAUAGUUUAUCUAUAUAAAUAUCCGCUGUUUUUAUUAAAACCUACGCACACAUUUAUAAUAAACUAUCGAAGUGUUUGCUAUGCCCCGCGGUAAACGACGUUCUAAUCACGAUAUGGGGGGCGAAGAGGAGCGUACAACUUCCAAACGGCCACGCGGUGGCUAUGCGACAACACAAAAUACCAGCAGACGUCACAUUAAGGCUGAAGACAGUUUUAGCCAAAAGCGUUGUGUCGACUGGUUUUGCAAAUACACAAACCCAGAUGAGCCGGAUACGCUAGGUCCCGAUGGUAUGGAAAAAUUCUGCGAUGAUAUUGGUGUGGAACCAGAAAAUGUUGUGAUGCUUGUGCUAGCUUACAAAAUGGGCGCUACACAAAUGGGCUUCUUUAGCCGUUGUGAAUGGUUAAAGGGCCUCACUGAGUUAGAAUGUGAUUCUGCUGCAAAAAUGCAAUCUAAAUUAGAAUAUUUAAAAAGUAUACUCAACGAUCCAAAUGUCUUCAAAAGCAUAUACAGAUAUGCCUACGAUUUUGCCAAGGAUUCCGAUCAGCGUAGCAUGGAUAUAAAUACAGCAAAAGCAAUGCUACAACUGCUGCUAGGCAAACAUUGGCCACUUUACCCGCAUUUCGCGCAAUUCCUUGAUCAAUCAAAGUACAAAGUCAUUAAUAAAGAUCAGUGGUGCAACAUACUCGAGUUCUCGCGCACAAUUAACAAUGAAUUAACGAACUACGAUAUCGAUGGCGCAUGGCCUGUUAUGUUGGAUGAAUUCGUGGAAUGGCUACGACUGCAACGCACAUAUACGAGUUCUACAAUAUUAAGCUGAAAUUAUCUUUAAAAUACUGAAUUUAUGAUAUUAAAGCAAAAGCAAAAACCGGAAUUAAUUUCAUAACUACAAAAAAAAAAAGAUCAACUAAAAUGAAACUCAAGUACCACAAACAAACAAAGACAGCAAAUUCCAAAGCAAAACAAUAAAACUAAUAUAAAGCUUGUAAUGCCAACAACACCUACCACAAGACGUAUCAAUCAGUCAACCAAUUAAUGCAAAUAAACAAAAAUUAAAUAAAAAAUAAAAAUAAUAAUUAUUCAUAGCAAAAAACUGGGGAAAACACGCAUGAGAAUGAAUGAGUACAUUUAACGUAUUACUAUUAAAUAAUUAAAAUACGAACACAAAAACUCCUACUACUACGAUAAAAUAGUAAUUACUAUAAUUUGCUUCUUAAUAAUAUAAAUCAUAAUGAUUAAAAAAUAAGUUACCAUUAAAUAAUGAAGGCGAAAAGUUGAAAUAAGAGUUCAACACGUAGUGUAUUGGGCGCAGCACAACAGACUUAACUACCACGGUAUACCUAUAUACAAAAGAAAUCGUUUUAGUGACAACAUAUGUAUGUCACAUAUGUAGCGAGUUACUUUCAGCCCAAAUGCCACAAAAACUAUAAACUGAACGUAAACAAAAGCAUAUAGUCAUAUUUGGAACAUUUAGUAUUUAGUAAUGGUAAUAAUAAUGAUAAUAAUUAAAGUAAUGCAAGGUGAUGAGGA